GGUCCCAUAAAACGGUUAUAGCUGGUGGAGUCUAAUGAUCAGAAAGGGCCGGAAGCUGAUUCGUGUAAGAGCUUCCCGACGAUGAGCCCGACUCUCAACAGUAUUGUGUCUUCCCUGCAGAGAAGUGGAACAUUUAUCAAUUCUUUAAUUGCUGCUUCGACUAUUGGUGGGCAACAGCUGUUCUCUUCUUUCACAUUCAAAUGUCCUUGCCAGGUUGGGAAAAAUUUCUACUAUGGUUCUGCUUUUCUACUCAUUCCAGCCUUGCUCCUUCUGGUUGCUGGCUAUGCCCUGAGAAGCCAGAUGUGGACAAUGAGCCGUGAAUACUGCUGCAGCUGUGCUCCUCCACGCCGGAGAAUCAGCCUCUUGGAGCGCAAGCUGGCUUGUCUUAGGUUCUUCAGCAUCACUGGGAGGGCACUUGUUGCUCCGUUAACAUGGCUGGCGGCAACCCUGCUGACAGGCACCUACUAUGAAUGUGCAGCAAGUGAAUUCGCAUCUGUGGACCAUUACGCAGUAUUUGACAAUGUCAGUGCCAGCAGACGGGAACAGAUCCUAGCUGGGUUUCCAUGUUGCAAAUCAACUCCAUCUGACAUGAUCCAAGUGAGAGAUGAAGUAGCUCUUCUGCACAGAUACCAGUCACAAAUGCUGGGCUGGAUUUUGAUCACCUUGGCAACCGUCGCUAUCCUAGUGUCCCGCUGCUUGGCGACGUGCUGCUCCCCCCUCCCCUCUCGGCAGCACUGGUACUGGACCAACCACCUCCGCAACGAGAGGGAGCUCUUUGAACAAGCUGCAGAACAGCAUUCGCGGCUCCUCAUCACGAAGCGCAUACAGAAACUCUUUGGCUUCAUUCCUGGAAAGGAAGACGUCAAACGCAUCCGCAUUCCUUCGUGUCAGGACUGGAAAGAGAUUUCAGCACCCAGUCUUCUCUGCAUGGGGGACGAUUUGCAAGGUCACUACAGCUUCCUUAGAGACAGGCUGGAUGAGGAGAGUGAGGAAAGCAAAUCUGAAGGCAUCGAAUUACGACCUUGAUUAUAGCACCUCUCACAGGUCAGGUUGCUUAACAGAUACUUUGAUGGAGUUUCAGUGUGAUCUCUUUAACUUUCUCUGUGUCUUUUGGUAUUUGUUUAAAUAAGCCCAUUCAAGAUGCUAGUUCCAAAGUCACUUUAUCUGAUCAUUGUGCCAAUCUUUCUUUUUGGGAUUUCCUUGGUGGAAGUGGUAAUGGUAUAAUAUAGGUCUGGUGAUGCCUCUAUUGGCGUAAGUAAAACAAUAUGGAAUUUGAAGUCGUAUCAAAAUUAGAAUGUUGAUUCUAUGACUCAGUAUCUCUGUAGAAACUAAUAUUUCUGAGCCCCAUCUUGUUACCUGCACACAGUGGCUACUUCGCAGAGCCGUGGUGAGGGUUAAAUGUGAUAACAUAAGCACAGUGCCUUUCCUAAAAUAAGUGCCAAUAAAUGUUCCUUUCCCCCUUUCUCUUUGCAUCCCAUGUCUUUUAUCACUAUUUCCCUGACUCUAAUUUCUGGUUUUAUUUCUACCCCUAUAUAAUAUCUAGGAACUUUUCACUUGCUUCUACCCCUUCCUUUGAUCUUAAAUAUCUGAUCUUUGGGAGCCAGGACAAAAUGCCCUUUCUAAACUGGUAACAUGUAAGAGAGAAGCUCAUGCAGAAAGGUCUUGAGUCAUUCUGCCAUAACCAGGGGAAGAUGAUGCAUUAUUCUAUCAUCAUUAGUAUCCUAUGUUCUUUUGUAGCAUACACAUGUUCUUUUGUAGCACCUCCGUACCAGGAGCAUUUUUAUAGUCACAACAUAUAAAGUUUAUUCCAGAAAGUUUCCCUUCUGUGCUCCACUGCAGAGAUGCCAUCUGUGCCUUUUCAUUAUCACUUUGUGCCCUUGUUCAAAAUCCAUUUGGGGAAGUACGACUGCUAUACGUAUUUAUGUAUCCACUAUCUACAACUCCAAAAGCGGAGACCUGCCUGACUCUUCUCUGUGACUUUACACCUCUAAAAUUUGACAGUUUUGUAAUUGAUCCUGGUUAUUUCUGAUAUAUAUAGUGUCUUAUGCCUCAUGUUUGUCACAUUCACCUAAGCAACUGGUUCGUUGGCCAAAAUAAGCAAAAUGAAGGCAUUUGUGUAUUUUUUAAGCCAAAACAAUGGCCGCUUACUGGGUAAUAAUGGACCAAUUCCCAAUAGUCAAGCUAACUUUCAAGACUCACUUUCAAGGAAACCAGUUACUUGAGUACCUAAAAUGCAGUCAAAUACUUACUAUUCUGUUACACAAUCAUGGAAGAAAGAGUCUAUUCUGUAUGCAAUUAUGGGUUCCACACACUUAACGGAAAGAAAUAGAAAAAUAAUUUUAAGGAGACCAUUACAUUUUUUUAACAUUUAUUCAUUUUUGAGAGACAGAGUAUGAAUGGGGGAGAGGAAGAGAGGAGGACACAGAAUCCGAAGCAGGCUCCAGGCUCUGAGCUGUCAGCACAGAGCCCAGCACAGAGCCCGACACAGGGCUCGAACUCAUGAACUGCAAGAUCAUACCUGAGCUGGAGUCGGACACUUAACCAACUGGCUUAGCCACCCAAGCACCCCGAAGACCAUUUUUUAAAAAAUCUAGAAGUGAUGCACUUUGCUAAGACAGGAGACCUGUCCCUCCCUCAUCAUUACUUACUGGGCAAGUCAGUUAGUGUCUCUGGGACUCAACUGUUUUCAUCUAUAAAACAUAGAUGAUACCUUACCUGUUGUAGGGCAAAGGAACUGAAGGAAAUGUAUUCUUGAGAUUCUGUUUAAACCUGAUAAGAUUUUUGUGUUUAUGCUCAUACGUAUACAGGUCCAGAUGUAUACAAUCUUCUGGAAUAGUAGUAGGCCCAGGUUGUCUCCAUUACAAGGAAAGUAUUACUGAGUUCAAUUCUUCCUCUAAAGACAUUUGCUGGCAUUCCACUUUCAAAAGAGUGUUAAUGUACUGAUAUUUUUCAAAUGGCCAAGGGAAGCCAUUCCACUCUGUCACCUAAAUCCAUAUACAAAACUGACAUGAAAUCACGAGAGGGAUCGUUAACAAAAAAGAAGUUGUGGAAGGUAACUAGAGUCCUCCUUUGGCUCUGAUAUAAAUGAGCUGUGUAAAUACGGAAGAUCAUGUCCACUUUGUCUCCUCCAGCACUAAAAUUCUAUCCCUCUAUCUGGUAAUUUUUGAAAUUUCUCCAUUUGGAACAUAAUAGUUAAAUCAACACUUUACACCAUGCUCAGAAUUGUUUUACUAGUGUUUGGGGGAAUAUUCCACCGUAAAUAAUCUUUAAUAAGUUUUCAGUUAACAGAAAAAUCAAAGAGUAUAUAAAGUUAAAGUAUUACAUCAUCAGAAAGAAGAUAAUAGGAGCGCCUGGGUGGCUCAGUUGGUUAAGCGUCCGACUCCGGCUCAGGUCAUGAUCUCACAGUUUGUGGUUCGAGCCCCGCGUCGGGCUCUGUGCUGACAGCUCAGAGCUUGGAGCCUGCUUCGGAUUCGGUGUUUCCCUCUCUCUCUAUGCCUCCCCCAUUCAUGCUCUCUCUGUCCCUCAAGAAUGAAUAAAUGUUAAAAAAAUUUUAAAAAAAGAAAAGAAGAUAAUAGUUGUUUAUACACAUUAAACACCAGGAAACUUUCUUUUCACUAGACCCUGGAAGCGCUUUCUACAUCAAACUUCUGUAUGACAUGCACAGUUAAUAUUCUAAAUCAUGUAAUUAUGAUCUUCCACCGUAGCUUUCUAGCAAAGGAUUUUAAAUAUUCUUUGGCUCCUCCACAUGGCUUCAAAGGGCUUUAUGGCAUCUGUGAACAUUUGAAGGUUAGUACACAUCUGUGGCAUUUCAUUGUAUACUAUCCAUUUCCAAUUAAAUAAAUCAAAUUCCCAUUU